GCGAGGUGUGCAGGCGGCAAGACGCCCAGCCCUGAAUCCCCUGAUGACGCCACACGCGGAGGCAAGAAACCAAGAACUUGUUUACGAAUAGAUGAGAUCGUGCCCGCCGUUUAAUCUCCUGCAAAUCCUGGCGGCAGUCUCCCAUCGCCGGCUCUCACUCCGACCACGCUGACAAGCCCAGUCGCCAGGGCGGGUUCUAAGAUUUUUGCCGGCGUCAGAACAGGCUCCACGGUCGAUCCGGGAGGAUGUCAGCCAUGCCGCCGCCGAGACAUACCUCGUCCGCGCAACUUCCGUUCAUCCUCCUUCAGUACAUGUGGAUAGGUUAUUGGUGGAUAGAUCAACUUCUUGCCCACCUAGUAUAUGGAGUUUUACUUAUGUCUGGUUUCAGAAGAGACCCCGAGACCAAUGCUGCCCCUGUGAUCGACUACGUCACCGACGACCGUUCCUUUGCAGCAGAGCUCCCAGAUGACGGAGCCCCUGAGACCGCUGCCACCGCCGCCGACUACUACUACACCGAUGAUGCCUUCUCCCACGUGAUGGACGCCGACGACCAGGAGUAGUUAGGAGGCUCCCAGGCAGGAGGCCUUGCCUGUUCGAUCAUUGCUGCUUUUGUGCUAGCCUUCUUAAGGCAAACUUGUUUAACUUAUGUUUGU